AUGAUAAAACGACGAUUUUACAAGCACGAACAUGGCGAUAGAGAUGAUCCCUCUGAGUCUUCUUCCUCAGAGUCUGAAGUGGAGGCUGAGGCCAUAGAAGAAACCGAAGAAGAAGAAGAAGAAGAAGAAGAAGACGCAGUUGCAGAAGUGAGGGAAAACGACAGAUCUCGCUCUUCUUCUUCUGGAUAUGAGAGUGAAGAUAGCUCGGUGAAUGAAGUCAAUCUUGACUCAUCAGGUUUAUUAACAAAUGAUGAUGAUAUCGGGAUUGUAAGUGAUGGUCAAAAUGUUAGCGAAAGUCUUUCAUCUGGUAAAAGCAAUGCUGAAACAGUGGUGGAUGUGCAGUGCAAUGUGGAAAAUCCGUCGGAUAUAUCGGGCUGCGUGUUGAAAUGUAAAACCGUUUUUAAAUGCAGACUAUGUCCGAGAAUUGUCUGCUUGACAGAAGAGACUUUGAAGGCUCAUCUCAAAUCCAAAGUAAGCAAUCUCCUUUAA